CCCAUCUCUCUCUCUCUGUUGACAGACACAAAGAACAUCAGCAACUAAGAAAACCCAAAACAACAUAAACUCUCUCUUUUCUCUCUCUGGUUCUCUGCAAUAACUACAGCUUUAUCAUGCUCAGACACCUCCCCGCAGCAGAUAUCAAAUAACUCUCUCUCUGUGAGUAUAGAGCAGAAGUUAUUUCUACGUGGGUUUUGUGGUUCUCACAAUCAAGUCAUGGAAGAGACAGAAGUGUCAAAUGCUAACAAGAAAUUAACCAAAACUCUCAUCAGGGGAAGGACGCAUCAAUAUCAGCCUCAGGUCCUUCACCACUCCAAUCAGUUUGGUUCGUACUACGAGAACCACCAGUACCAUAGCUACUACUACCCACCAGCUCUUCUUCCUCUACCUCCGACUCUACCUCUCCAGUUUGCUCUAACACCACCUUCCCCUUACAACCGAAUCUCUAGAUCGAAAACCCACUUCUAUAAUCCCCCUUUCGCCACUCCCUCCGAUGCCCAGCUCCCUGUUGAUACUAUUUCACCUGCAGCACUAGAGGGGCUCCAACUACCCUUUAAAGAGAAUGGUGGAAAGAGGGCUUCAACCACUAGUGCCACCACCAAAGCAAUGGUUGUUGCUAGAAGACCAGAUUCUGGGGGCAUUGAAGGGCUAGUGAUACCUCUCCUUGCCAACCAUUUCCAUGUCCAAUUCGAUCCAUCCCAGCGGAUCUUCCAUUACAAUGUGGAAAUGUCGCCUAAUCCUUCCAAGGAAGUUGCUCGAAUGAUAAAACGGAAACUGGUGGAGGACAACCCAGUGGUCCUGUCUAGAGCCCUUCCGGCGUAUGAUGGUCGAAAGAAUCUAUAUAGCCCGGUUGAAUUUCAAAAUGAUAAGUUGGAAUUUUUCAUCAGCCUUCCAAUUCCCAGUACUAAGUUGUUGUCUUUGGGGGAGUUUUGUGACUCAAAUGAGAAGCGCCAACAGCUCAAGCUAUUUCGCGUUAAUGUAAAGCUUGUAUCGAAAUUUGAUGGUAAGGAACUGAGCAGAUACCUGAGCAAAGAAGGUGAUGACUGGAUUCCAAUUCCUCAGGAUUAUCUCCAUGCCUUGGAUGUUGUUUUGAGAGAGAGCUCAACUGACAAGUGUUUCUCUGUUGGGAGGUCACUUUAUUCAAGUUCAAUGGGAGGAGCUAAAGAAAUUGGAGGAGGAGCUGUUGGAUUGAGAGGGUUCUUCCAGAGUCUUCGACCAACCCAACAAGGACUUGCCCUUAAUGUCGAUUUCUCGGUUACUGCCUUCCAUGAGAGCAUCGGUGUAAUCCCUUACUUGCAAAAGUGUAUCGAGUCUCUCAGAGACCUUCCUCAGAAGAAGACCAGAGGUUUGAUUGGUGAAGAAAGGAAAGAAGUGGAGAAGGCAUUAAAGAACGUAAGGGUAUUUGUUUGCCAUAGAGAAACUGUCCAGAGAUACCGAGUCUUUGGCUUAACUGAAGAAGCUACGGAGAAUCUUUGGUUCCCUGACAGGGAUGGGAAGAAUUUAAGGUUGGUGAGUUACUUCAAGGAUCACUAUAACUAUGAUAUACAAUUCAGAAGUUUGCCUUGCUUGCAGAUUAGUAGGAGCAAACCAUGUUAUCUUCCCAUGGAACUUUGUAUUAUAUGUGAAGGCCAGAAAUUCAUGGGCAAACUUUCUGAUGAUCAGACUGCUAGAAUACUUAAAAUGGGCUGUCAGAGACCAAAAGAACGAAAAAACAUCAUUGAUGGAGUUAUGCUAGGAUCUGUUGGGCCAACAAGUGGUAACCAGGAAAGAGAAUUCAAGCUCAAUAUUUCCAGAGAAAUGACCAGAUUGAGUGGGAGAGUUCUUCAACCUCCAAAACUAAGGCUCGGGGAUGGUGGUCAUGUAAGAAUUUUAGUCCCUUCCCGUCAUGAUCGCCAGUGGAACCUUUUGGAUAGCCAUGUCUUUGAAGGAACAAAAAUAGAGAGGUGGGCAUUGAUUAGUUUUGGAGGCACUGCUGAUCAGAAAUCCAAUAUUCCAAGAUUUAUCAACAAGCUUUCUCAAAGGUGUGAGCAAUUGGGUAUCUUUCUUAACAAAGACACAAUAAUUAGCCCACAAUUUGAAUCAACUCAAGUGCUUAACAAUGUCUCCCUUUUGGAAUCAAAACUCAAGAAAAUCCACGUAGCUUCCGCAAACAAUCUACAGCUGCUGAUUUGUGUGAUGGAGAAGAAACACAAAGGGUAUGCAGAUUUGAAGAGAAUUGCAGAGACAGGUGUUGGAGUUCUAAGCCAGUGUUGCUUAUAUCACAACCUUGGCAAGUUGAGCUCUCAAUUUCUUGCUAACUUGGCACUCAAGAUCAAUGCCAAAGUGGGUGGAUGCACUGUCGCUCUGUACAAUUCGUUAGCAUCACAGACUCCACGUCUUCUCCAUUCUGAUGAGCCCGUGAUUUUUAUGGGAGCUGAUGUGACUCAUCCUCAUCCACUCGAUGACUUCAGCCCAUCAGUUGCUGCUGUGGUUGGUAGCAUGAACUGGCCAGCGGCGAAUAAGUAUGUUUCCAGAAUGAGGUCCCAAAAACAUCGGCAAGAAAUCAUCCAGGAUCUUGGAGAGAUGGUGGGGGAAUUACUAGAUGACUUCCAGCAGGAAGUUAAGAAACUUCCAAAGCGAAUAAUCUUUUUCAGGGACGGGGUAAGCGAAACCCAGUUCUAUAAAGUGCUGCAAGAGGAGUUGCAAGCCAUUAGAGAAGCCUGUUCAAGAUAUCCUAGCUACAGACCCCCCAUUACUUUCGCAGUAGUGCAAAAGAGACAUCACACAAGAUUGUUUCCACAUGAAAAUGAUUCAUCUCACUCUCAGAAUCAGUUUUCUGAUGAAAAUAUUCCACCUGGGACUGUUGUUGACACCGUGGUUACUCAUCCAAGGGAGUUUGAUUUCUAUCUUUGUAGCCAUUGGGGUGUGAAGGGAACAAGCAGGCCUACUCAUUACCAUGUCCUGUGGGAUGAGAGUCAUUUCACUUCUGAUGAGCUGCAGAAGCUUAUUUACAAUCUCUGCUACACAUAUGUGAGGUGCACCAAGCCAGUUUCUUUGGUGCCACCUGCUUAUUAUGCCCAUCUAGCUGCAUAUAGAGGCAGGCUUUAUCUUGAGAGGUCCGAAUCCAUGAGUAGUUCGAGGGACUCAUCUACAGUGUGCCGAUCUACACCUCCAAAGGCAACACCUCUACCAAAACUACGUGAAAAUUUGAAGAAGCUCAUGUUCUAUUGCUGAUGACUCUCGGAGGCUUUGUGCUUAUUGAAAUUCUUUUGAAAUUACAUGGCCUGAUUAUCAAAAUAGAAUGUCUUCAUCAGUCUUGAAGACGAGUCUGCUAAUUUGAUAAUGCAUGGCUGGGCAAACUAGAUUAUGGAAAUUGUUAUGAAACAUUCUCAUGGUUAACAAGAAGACAAUGAUUCAACGAUU